AUGAAGAAUGAGGCUUGCUCCAUGGCCUUUUUCAGGGCAAUUGUUGCAGAAUUCUUGGCCACCCUGCUCUUUGUCUUCUUGGGGGUGGGCUCUGCCUUAAACUGGCCCUCGGCCGUCCCAAGCAUUCUGCAGAUUGCCCUGGCCUUUGGCUUGGCCAUCGCCACACUGGUGCAGUCAGUGGGCCACGUCAGCGGGGGGCACAUCAACCCCGCUGUGACCAUGGGCUUCCUUGUGGCACAAAAGAUUUCGGUGCUCCGGGCCGUGGCCUAUAUUGUGGCACAGCUGGUAGGAGCGAUAGCUGGAGCAGGGGUGAUACACCAUCUGACGCCCCCCGAGAUCCGAGGAAGCCUGGCCGUCAAUGCGCUGCAAAACAACACACCAGCCGGGCAGGCUGUGGCUGUGGAGCUGAUCCUGACCUUCCUUCUGGUCCUGUGUGUCUUUGCCUCGACUGACAUCCGCAGAACUGAUAAUGUGGGCUCCCCAGCAUUAUCUAUCGGGCUGUCAGUCACAAGCGGCCAUCUCCUUGGGAUCUAUUUCACUAAUUGCUCCAUGAACCCUGCACGGUCCUUUGGCCCUGCCGUCAUCAUGGGAAACUUCCAGGAUCACUGGAUCUUCUGGGUGGGCCCUUUGGCAGGUAGCAUCGUCGCCUCCCUGAUCUACAACUUCAUCCUCGCGCCCGAUACAAGGAGCAUCCCUGAGAGGAUGGACGUUCUGAAAGGGACAGACCAGCCUGAAGAUGAUUGGGUGGAGAAUGACCAGAAGUUCUCAGCGGAACUGGUGGAGAAGUUCUAACACAGCGGGGGUGGGGGGAGGGUCCCAGCCCUCCAGGCUGAUCCAGGAGGACACAACCAAACAAAAUCAUAUUCACACCAUCCCUUGGGGGCAGACUGAUGAUCUGCUCCCAACCUCCAUCCCACCCCUUCAUGUCCCCCAGUAUCUCAUUAAGGUUUUGUGUUGGUAUCAAAACAUGCUAUCAAGUAAGCUGAUGGGUAAUCCAAGGAAAGAAGAGGGGUAUCCUAUGAUGUUUGUUGGCUGCAUAAGGGCAGAGAAGGCACCGAUUGUUACUAAAGUAUCUCAGAUGUAGAUAACAAGCUGGCAAUAGAGGUACCCAUGGACUCACGGGUAGCUCUCUAUUUGAUGCAUGCCUGUCCUGAUUCAUGGGGCAGAGGGAGACCCUAAGAAACCCUAAGAAAAGGCCUUCCCUUGCUUGCUUGGGUCCCUCCCUCCCACUGCUGUCUCUGUUCCCCCCCUGCUUCCUUGUGCUCAGAGCAGCCUUCCCUUCUCAGCGUGGGAAGGCUCUUUCUCCACUUCCAUGUCCUUCCUCAAGACCCACUUAUUUAACAUCGUGUUUGCUUCCCCAGCCCAAGCCUCACCUUGAUCGCACCUCCAGUAUCACCUGAUUCACCCAGCCCUGCUACUCAUUUGUUCGUCACACUCCGUUCCUUCACGGCUCUGUUGUUAAAGCUGCAAUUGUAAGCUUUUGGGGGGGCAGAGAUCCUGUCAGUUCUCUGUUCUGUCCAGUGCUUUUAGCAUACUGCUGGUGCUAAAUAAAUGUUUAACACUAAUACUAAUAAUUAAUUAAUCCCUAACCCUCCCACCCACCCCAAACCCUCAGCAUAAGACCUGCAAACAGACAGGUACAUAGGGGCGUAUCUAGGGUAGGGCAGGAAGGGCACUUGCCCCGGGCACCACUUGAAGGGGGGCGCCAUUUCAAAAAAUAAAAAAAAAUUUAAAAAUGGCUGCAGAAAACACAAUGGCCAGGCCUCGCAGAGGCCAUUUGAGCAUGCAUGGUGGCCAUUUUGUUUUUAGCGGUCAUUUUAAAAAAAUUUGAAAAAUGGCCACGACACAUGCUAAAAUGGUCCCUGCGAGGCCCUAGAAGCCAGCAGGGGGAUGGGAAACCUUUACGGCCCCCCACAACCUUUAGAAAGCCCCCCAAAGGGACUACAGGUAUUAUUUUCAAUUCAAUAUAAUAUAAAUCACUGUACACCUAUUCAGUUUGGCACUAUGUACAGAGAAUCAGGGCUUGUGAAUAACGAGCUGAAGCUUAUGAGCUAGGAUUGUAUUCAUUUGCUCUUACUUUGUUUCUUGUGAUGAGUGAGUUAAAUGUGAUGUCUUAAUAAUAUGGCUAUUAAUGGUGAGUUUGUCUUUGAAUCAGUGUGAAACCCUUAAUAUUAAGGCCCACUGGGAGUUUCUGGCUCUCUUUCUCUCAUUUUAACUGUCUUUCUGAAAGACUAGAAUAUAUUCCAAGCAGUGACACAGUUUACUCUGCAUAUCCUUUAAUUAUUUCCAGAGUAUCUGGGGAGAGUCAAAAUCUCCAUUUAUUUUUAAAACUUAUGUAAUUGUGAUGCUACAAUGCAUAGUAGAGAAUUAGACAGGCACUUCUGUUUAGUUUUCCAAGUACACCUCCACAUAGUAUUUGGGUAUUUCAUGAGCCCCCACAUACUGAAAUUCGUAGUUUUCCAGCAUUUUUUUGUCUGGCUACUUCCACUGCUAAAUAAUUUUUGAAAGAUUAAAAGAUUAACGAGCUUGA